AUGAACGGCGAUAACGGAGUUUAUGUGGAUGGGGACCAUAGCGACCGCAGCACCUCGCAAGAGAGCCCAAAGGCGAAAGUACCGAGGGUUGAGACAAGGUAUUUUUUGUUACCAAUUGCAUCUUGCCUUUACGCCGUGUCUUUCCGUUAAACCCCAUCUAUCUGUCAUGUAAUUACUGAAAUUAAGUUAACGUCAGUCUCUUUCGCAAAUAACGCAUCAGUAACUAAAGUUUACGUCCAUCUAGUCAUCUUUUAAAGGCAGAUAAUCCUAAAAUCCUCUGCCGUAACUGGUUGUCCUCUCCUUACUGCCUAUGACUAAUAUUUGCCGUUCAGCUAACUUUCAUGCUGCUGUCCAGUCCUGUGUAGACAACUGUAGCGUGCGGUGACUGAUCGACCCCAACUCCAGCCACACACCCUAAUAGCAUUCUAAUCGCCCAGGGCUAGCCCGGUGGCGGGUUAGUAUUGCGAUUGACUGAAAAUUUUCAGCAAUCUUCGCAGAUACUGUCCAGUAAUUGACGCGCCUUCUCGGGCGAGUUAGAGGCGUUGUCACCUAAAGCGAUUUAAAUCGCCAGACGGGCGUCUAAAGUUCCGGAUAAAGUGUGUGCGUGCAUCCCUGCAUGCGUGCAUCCGGGCAAAGGGACCCCGCAGGCGUGACGUCCAAAAGGCACUCGGGUGAACAUCGAGGAGGGGGGUUUGCAAGAAAGCUCCUUCCCUCGCGUAGGCCGAGUACUGUCAACCAAUUAGAUUACUAGCCCACAGAUCAAACGGACUGGUAAAUGUCUAUCUCUGGUGCCUAACGCAAUCGGAGCUCCUGCGAACUGAAUUUGUUUGUCGUCUAGUCUCAUAAUUUUAUGUAUCCUAAGGCGUUUCUUCACACAUUUUCUUUCAUUGAAUAGAUUUCCCGAGCAUGCUGAUACAAACCCUUCCUUCCGACCUGAUGUCCCGCCAAUGUGUCGACCUGAUUACGGCCGACCCCCGUUACGUGGACCUCGAGGCAUGCCUGUGAAUGGAGCACCUAGGUACACCGAUUUUUUGAUUAGCAUUCCCAAACUUAGUCAUAUGCUGCGGCCACACAUGGUUCAGGCUUUCAGAGGACAGAGAGGACAUUUUAUCAGACCUACACGUCCUUUUGAUUGUCCACCUGGCGGUUAUGGGAGAUCGCCAUCUCGUUUUCCACCGCGAUUUCAAGGUUCCUACAAUCAGCAAGGUGCUUUCUAUAAUAGCGGCGGGAGGGCUGCUGAUUUUCGGAUGCCUCCACCGGGCGUAAGACCAAACUGGACCGAGGGCAGCAAUCCCCCUAGAUGGUUGGGUGGAGCUCCACCACCGCAACCGAUCAGGCCACCUUUCCAUGGGCCUAGUGGUGACUGUGGUCCCCCCGCAAACAUGAACUGGCGGCAUCAGAAUGGUUCAGUCCGGCCAGCUGAUCCGCCGAGCAGUGAAUCUGGAAGUAUAACCUCGUCAAAACUGUUUAUUUCUCCUGACAAUGCUCAGAUGUCCGAGCCUAACGCGAAUGGAUCUUUGCCUGCGGGGCCUCCUGAAAAUCCUCCGUAUUUUCCACCGGUAGGACCGUCACCACCACACGGCUUUUCGGGUGCGUUAAUCUUCUUUUAGUCUAAUUAAUGCCUUUUUCCAAGGGAGUCCGGUUAAAGUUGGUGGUCGUCACAGUGACCUCCCUGCCUGCUAGAAUUAUUACCGUUUUCUAGACGCGGUCAGUGAUCUUCGCAAGUGCCAGAAAAGUGAAUAUGACGCCUUUAUUUGUGAUAGCGGGGGUGGCCACAAUGAAUAAAAAUGUCACAGUAGACCGUAGACAUGCAGGGUCUCAGAUUUGCGCAUACCUACGCCAACGUUAGGUCUUUACAUGCUCCAACAGUAGUCUUGACGUUGCCCUGUCGGCAUUCUUUCCACCUUUCGCCGAUAACGCUUGAGUUUGGUAUGUUUGAUACUAAGUAAUUAAAACUGUUGGAUGAUCACCUAAUUAGUGACGGCUUUAUUGAAAGUUCUCAUAUGUCAUCCCUCGGACCGCCUAUUUCUUUCUUGUGAUUUAUAUACCACUGUUUCUUUGAAAAUUUCAGCUCCUGGGAUUCGCAUGCCCCCACCCCCCGUACUGCCUCCGAAUCUGAUGCCAUCUCCAAAUCUUCCUCCACCGCCUUUUGCCAUGCCACCAAAUUUCGCCCCCCAUUCAGCCCCUGUAGGUGCCCCUAACGUACAAUCGUCAGCCGCUCUGCCUAGUUCUAGCGUCCCUCCUUCCAACAAUCCUGUAAAUAAUCCAUCCUUCAACCGCUCUCUCCCACCCCCUUUCCCACCUCUGCCUUGCCCCCCACCUCAAUCAACGUCUGUUAGUACCGGGGUUUCAACUUUCACCCCCACAUCGACUUCAUCGACUCCACUGCCGCCGGUUCCGAGUUAUCCACGGGCACCCGUCUCAUCCUCAAGCGCCGCUCCUCCGGCCACCUUGGCCAUUGCGACUUCGUCGAACCAACCAAACCUGACUGCGACGGCAGGCACCCCAUCACCUUAUUCAGUAGGUGCACCUUUUUACUCUCCCCCAGGUCUUUACCAUCCCAACAUGUUCCCACUAGGUGUCCCCCCGCCCUUAUUGACUCCUGGAUUACCCCAGACCCCACACCAACUGCCCUUUCAGCCUCCAGCAUUUGUGCGACCGCCACCGGCCAACUUUUAUGCCAUGCGUCCUGCGCCUGGCGUGUUAGCAACGCCUAAACUAAGCCCUCAACCGGGUCCAACCCCCUUGGCAGCACCUCCGGUUUUGGCUCCGGUCCCCCAAUUAUUCCCGACAAGAACUCUUAGUCAGGGCGUUGUAGCUACCGUUGGUGGAUUGGUUUCCACAUCGAAAGCGGAAGAGAUUUGGGUUGAAAGUUCGGCUUCCGAUGGCCUAGUGUACUACUACAACAUGCAAACUCGCGAGACGAGAUGGGAUCGACCGGAGGGCGUGACCAUACUUCGUCAAGGAAAAACAGAAAGCGAACAGGCUGCUAGCAAGAAGACAAAACCCACUUCUACCGAUAGUUCUCGUGUAGUCUCGUCUUCGCAGGCGGCCUCGAGUACGCCUACACAAAAGCCACCUGAAGUAGCUGUAUGGAAGGAGUACCAGAGUGCUGAUGGCAAACCCUAUUACCACAACGCUCAGACAGGCGAGACAACAUGGGAAAAACCGAAAGUCGUUGCUGAUUGGGAAACUAAGAACCUUUAA